UUAUAUGCGACUUGACUCUGACGAGUGUCCUCACUGGUGUUUGCGGAUAGGGAAGGUUGAAAAAUAAUUUUGCUGUUUUGCCCUGCCUAAAAAUGUCUGGUUAUACUCCAGACGAGAAGCUCCGCAUCGAUCAGCUGACAAAACUACGAAGGCAAUGGCUCAAGGAUCAAGAACUGAGUCCCCGGGAGCCCGUUCUUCCGCCCAAACCUGCAGGAGCUGUGGAGAAAUUCUGGGCAAGAUUUUUGGAGCCGAAAAGCUUGUGGAGACUCUAUACAUUUAAAGCGUACAAUGCCGGAGUGUUUGCAUUUACAAGGGUGAUAAUUCCAGCUUGGAUUGUACACUACUAUGUCAAGUACCACGUUGCAAAACGACCCUAUGGUAUUGUGGAGAUGAAGCCCAAGCUAUUUCCUGGAGACACGAUUUUGGAAACGGGAGAAAUGAUCCCUGCCCUCCCUGAGGAAGAAGGCCAUGGUCACCAUUAAAGAAGAGGACGAAAGUCAAAAAGCAUGAUUAUAUGUCAUUCUGUUGUAAAAAUCAUUUAUUUAUCAAUAAAACAAAAAUUUACAAAUACA